AUGGCUGGUGAAGCCGGCUCGGACACACCUCAGCGCGAUGAGUACGGAGAUCUCUUUCAAGAUUACGGCUUUCUGAAGAGGGCCGAGGACCUGAAGGGAGCGGGCAACGAGGCCUUUGCGAAGGAGCGCUUCGAGAAGGCACUCGCUCAGUAUGACGGUGCAUUGGAGCAGCUGAUGACCGUCGCCUACGACAAGUCAAUUGUUGUUGGCAAGAAGAAGUGGAACGACAUCGUCGUGAUGAGAAGCACGCUCCACCUGAACAAGAGCACGUGCUUCUACAAGCUGAAGGAUUGGCAGCAGUCUCUGGACGCAGCGCUGGAGUGCUUGGUGGGAAACCACCGUGAUGAGAUGCUCUUCACGGACCCACACAUUCGCCACAAGAUCAAGGAGUCAGAGCGAAAAUCUGGGCACUCGGGCGUGAGCCUCGUAGAAUUCCGCUUGCCGCGGAUCACCCGCUCGAAGGCAUGGUUUAGAGCUUCGCAGUGCUAUGGUCACCUGGACUUCUUGGACAAAGCAAAGGAUGCCCUUGCCAAGGCCUUGGAGGCAUGUGAUGACCACGGUUUGAUCGCCGAAAUCUCGCAGCACUCGCUGCGUUUGGACACUCUGGAAAGACUUCAGAAAGACAAGCAGAAGAAGCAGUUUGCCGGCUUCUGGGACAAGUUCCAGGACAGAGGCGGCUACUCGGAGGGAAAACCCAACGACACGCAGGAUUGGGACAAGCUGAAGUACUGGGAGCGCUUCAAGCACGUCGAAGACUACGAGGAGAGGUACAUGUACGUCGACCAAGAUCAGCAGCAGCAGGAGGACCCCAAAAAAGGGCACGCCGCCGAGCUGCUGCACCAUCUCCCUCCUGGUGCAAAGUGGGAUUCUGCUGUGAAGGGCCUGACCAAGAAGAUGUACAGAAAUAUCGACAAGAGCUUUGAGGAGUACUUGGAGAAGAAAAGCACCGGCCAGUUCGAGGAUGUCGGCUUGCCCGAAGAGCCUGGCCAGUCUCCUCGCAUUGAAGUGCCGCCUGAGCCAAAGGAUGUGGUGCCACCGAGGCCGCGACGGAAGGAAGAGACCCCGCUGGCCUACUCGCCCCGAGGCGGCCGGCCCGGCGCCCGGACCCGCGCUGCGAGGACCCCGUCGCCGGCACCAAACCCUCGAGAGGAAUAUGCACGGCACUACAACAGCCACGCGAAGCUGGAGAAGGCUUGGCAAGACAAAGCUGCGGCGGAGGCCCUCGACUCGGAAGAGGAGCAGGAGCUUCAGGAGGCCCGGGACCGGAUGGCGCUGCAGCGCUGGGAGCGCUUGAACAAAGAGCGCAAGGCGUGGCUCGAGGCUUUGGACGACGACGAUUGA